UAUUUUGGCUAUGUUGCUGCCAUUUUUCUUUAGGUGUAAGUGCCAAUGUCCGUGGCAAAUAGAAGUUUUCUGCAAGGAGACAAAACAGGCAGACAAGAACUGUGAUUCAAGGGAUCUACAUCCAUCAUUCAUUUCGUUGUGGAUUUCCUUAGCUUGAGCAUGGACUCUAACAUAAUUUACUGUCAAAUUUGUUCCUUUCAGCCUAUGGAAAUUUAUGUUGACGAUGAAGCCAAGUUAACCCUUCAUGGACUUGUUCAGCACUACAUCAAAUUGAAAGAGGAGGAGAAAAACCGCAAAUUGAAUGAUCUUCUUGAUGCCCUAGACUUCAACCAAGUUGUUAUCUUUGUGAAAAGUGUUAGUAGAGCAGCUGAGCUGGACAGACUACUCAUAGAAUGCAAUUUUCCAUCUAUAUGCAUUCACUCUGGCAUGUCCCAGGAAGAAAGGUUAAAGCGUUAUAGAGGUUUCAAGGAGGGGCAUACAAGGAUUCUUGUUGCUACAGAUUUGGUUGGUAGAGGGAUUGACAUUGAACGUGUCAAUAUUGUUAUAAACUAUGACAUGCCUGAUUCUGCAGACACUUACUUGCACAGGGUUGGCCGUGCUGGAAGAUUUGGUACCAAAGGCCUUGCAAUCACAUUCGUUUCAUGUUCUACUGAUGUUGAUGUUCUCAACAAUGUUCAGUCAAGGUUUGAAAUAGAUAUAAAGUAGCUUCCUGAGCAGAUUGAUACUUCUACCUACA